AUGACAAUGAAGCUUCGGGGCAAUGAGUUUCUCAAUGGGAAGUACACAACAAGAACCACGGCCAAAAGUUUUCUCCUGGUACCCUUCACUCUUCUUCUCAUCAUGCUCCCUCUUUCUCUCAUGAGGAACUCACAUGAAUCAACUCCUGAGGUAUCUUCUGUGACUGUCAGCAGCAGUUUGAACAGCACAGAAAUUAAGCAGUGUGACAUCUUUUCUGGAAGAUGGAUGCAUACUAAUGGAGCACCUUACUACACCAAUGAAACAUGCCAUUGGAUAAUAGACCAACAAAACUGCAUCAAGUUUGGGAGACCUGAUAGAGAGUACCUGCAUUGGAGGUGGAAGCCAGAUGAAUGUGAGCUUCCACUCUUCAAUGCUACUCAAUUCUUAAAUCUUCUGAGAGGAAAGAAAAUGGUAUUUGUUGGAGACUCAGUGGGGAGAAACCAGAUGCAGUCUUUGUUGUGCCUCCUAAGUCAUGUGUCUGAACCUGAGGAUGUUUCUCAUAGAUACUCUUCAGAUGUCAUGUACUUCAAACGGUAUAUCUAUCAUGAUUACAAUUUCACCCUUGCAAAUCUAUGGUCUCCAUAUUUUGUGAGAUCCAGUGAUGCUGACCCCAAAGGUCAUUCCUUCAACAGCAUCAUAAGACUGUAUGUGGAUGAGGCAGAUGAAGCUUGGACUAGUCAGGUUGAAAACUUUGACAUUGUCAUAAUCUCAUCAGGACAAUGGUUCUUCAGGCCUCUAUUGUUCUAUGAAGAGGGUCAACUUGUGGGAUGCAACAAGUGUGGGAUGGAGAAUGUGACAGACCUCACACACCUCUUUGGAUACAGGAAGGCAUUCAGGACAGCAUUUAGGGCUCUCAAUGAUCUUGAAGGGUACAGGGGGGUCACAUUUUUUAGGACAUUCUCCCCAGCCCACUUUGAGGAUGGGGAUUGGAACAAGGGAGGGAAGUGUGUGAGGACUAGGCCAUUCACCAAGCAAGAAAUGAAGCUUGAUGGGUUUGUUCUAGACAUGUAUAUGACACAAGUGGAAGAGUUUAUAGAAGCACAAAGGGUAGCCACAAAGAGGGGGUUGCAGUUUCUGAUGAUGAACACAACUGAAAUUAUGCUUCUCAGGCCUGAUGGACACCCCAACAACUAUGGACAUUCUAAGGACAAAAAUGUGACACUGAAUGACUGUGUUCACUGGUGCCUGCCAGGGCCAGUUGAUACAUGGAAUGAGUUUUUGCUGUAUAUGUUGGAUAUGGAAAGUGAGGCAUAUUAUAGUUCAAAGCUUGAGAGAGUUUUUUAA